UGCUAAGCUGCUCAUCCAGCCUCCCUACCGGACCGGAGGAACUUCCCACCGGGGGGUGAGGUGUCGGGCGGGGGGGGACCGGCCAGGACCGGGUUAGGACCAGGCUAGGACCAGGAGCAGGUGAGGACCAGGACCCUCCAGGACCCUCCGGGGACCAGAGCGGACCAGAGCGGGAGUGAUGUCCGGCCAGGGCUUCACCAGCCCGGGCAGCUGCAGCCAGGACUCGCCGCCGGUGCAGAACGGUCCAGUGCAGACUUACUCAUCCAUGUACCCGCCUGCAGGCUACUACGGAGCCCCACCUCAGCAGCAGGGCUACCCCACCAUCCCUGGCCAUCGCACCUCUGCCCCCAGCAAAGCACCGGCCCCUCCCGGGGCCCACGGUGCUCACUACUACCCCAACAACCAGCAGCAGCAGCAGCAGCAGCCGCCUCAGCGUCAUGUUGCUCCAUACACAGCUCCGCCAGGCUCUGCCCCUCCUCCUUCCCAGCCUUACGCUACCCUCACCUCUCCAGCAGCCCCUCCAUCAAAUGCCCACUACAACCAACAGCCUUUCCAGCAGCAGCAGCAGCAGCAGCAGCAGCAGCAGCAGCAGCAGCAGCAGCAGCAGCAGCAGCAGCAGCAGCAGCAGCAGCAGCAGCAGCAGCAGCAGCAGCAGCAGCAGCAUCCCUAUGCCGCUCCAGGGUCCUACUAUGGACAGCAGUUGUACCAAACCCCCCCAGCACAGCACCACCAUCAUCCACAGCAGCAGCAGUAUCCCAGUUUGGUCCCAGCACCCGCUGGUAGCCAGGGCAACACCCUCUGCCCCAUCGUUUCAUACCCAUCCGCUCCAGGAAGUAGCCAGUACGGCACCCUCAGUUCAUCCCAGAACGCGUCCACACCUGGAGUCAUGCCCAUCCAGAUGAGUGCACCCUUGCAUCAGCACAGCGCGGCGCCGCCGCCCUCGGUGGCCGGAGUGCAGCCCGGGUACGGAGUGAGUCCUCACGGGCAGGUGGUGGCGACAGUCAACGGUCAAGGAAGCACAGCCCAGAAGACCAACCACCAAGUCUACAACCAAAGCCACCAGGUCCCUCACGGCUACGAAUCCCACCGCGGGGUCACACAGAACAGUGGGGGUGCAGACGCAGACCGGCCGCCCUCAGGAACCCCCUCCACGUCGGUGCAUUCCUCCCCGGGACACCACCAAGGCAUGCAGUAUGGAUAUGUUGCUAAUAGUGGAGCUAGCUCAGCCUCUGCCACCACCUCAGGCCCGGCAGCAGCCCCCUCUUCAUCCAGCUCUGAUGAUGAUGAGGAGGAGGAGGAGGAUGAGGAUGAGGAAGCAGGCGGCGACACUUCCUCCUCCACGACCGGCACCGCCUCCCCGGUGCCGAACAGCUACGAUUCCCUCGAAGGAGGCAGCUAUCCAGACUCCAUGCCUCCUUCCAACGAUAUGGGCGACCCGUCUCACCCCUACAGUAGCUACGGUUACCAAAGCAUGCAGUCGGCCUAUCAGCAGGGACCGGCUCCCCACGCAGGCGCCUCCCCGUCCCACGACCCGUACGGCCAGUCCGGCUACCAGCAGUACCAGCAGCCGUUCCCCAACCUGUCCCAGCUGUCUGCGGCCCUGGGGGGGCUGAGCGGGGUGCCGGAGCUGGAGGUGGAGGCUCUUCAGCCGAUCAACCUGCUGCAGGAGACGGUUCUGCUGCCGCCCCGGCCCUUGGAGGGCCCGGAACCAAACCUCAGCGCCGACCUGAAGAAGGUCAACUGCAGCCCACAGACGUUCAGGUCGACCCUGACCAGCAUCCCACAGACCCAGGCUUUACUCAACAAGGCCCGGCUCCCUCUCGGCCUCCUCCUGCACCCCUUCAGAGACCUGCAGCAGUUACCAGUGAUCACAUCCAACACAAUCGUGCGCUGCCGCUCCUGUCGCACCUACAUCAAUCCGUUCGUGACCUUCUUGGACCAACGAAGGUGGAAGUGCAACCUCUGCUACCGGGUCAAUGAUGUACCAGAUGAGUUUAUGUACAAUCCAGUGACGAGGUCGUACGGUGAACCACACAAGAGACCAGAAGUCCAAAACUCCACCGUGGAGUUCAUCGCCUCCUCGGACUACAUGUUACGACCUCCGCAGCCGGCCGUCUAUCUGUUUGUGCUCGACGUGUCUCACAACGCGGUGGAGGCGGGAUACCUGAAGUACUUCUGCGAUUCGCUUCUUGACAACCUGGAUAAGUUACCCGGGGACGGUCGCACCAAGGUGGGAUUCCUCACCUUCGACAGCACCGUCCACUUCUACAACCUGCAGGAGGGCUUGUCCCAGCCGCAGAUGCUGGUGGUGUCGGACAUCGACGAUGUCUUCAUCCCAUCACAUGACAGUCUCAUGGUCAACCUAAAAGAGAGCAACGAGCUGGUGAAGGACCUGCUGACGUCGCUGCCCGCCAUGUUCAGUCAGACCAGGGAAACCGAUAGCGCCCUGGGUCCCGCCUUGCAGGCCGUCUACAAGCUCAUGUCCAGCACCGGCGGCCGCGUCACCGUGUUCCAGACUCAGCUGCCGACGCUGGGCGCCGGGAAGCUGCAGUCUCGAGAAGACCCCAACCAGCGCUCCAGCACCAAGGGCGUGCAGCACCUCGGCCCGGCCACAGACUUCUACAAGAAGCUGGCGCUGGACUGCUCGGGACAGCAGAUCGGAGUGGACCUGUUCCUGCUCAGCUCCCAGUACACCGACCUCGCAUCACUGGCCUGCAUCUCCAAAUAUUCAGCAGGCAGCGUCUUUUACUACCCCUCCUUUCACUACAUCCACAACCCGGCGCAGCUGGAGAAAUUCCAGCGGGACCUUGAGCGCUACCUCACCAGAAAGAUCGGCUUCGAGGCGGUCAUGCGGAUACGAUGCACCAAAGGUUUAUCCAUCCACACGUUCCACGGGAACUUCUUCGUGCGCUCCACUGACCUCCUGUCCCUGGCUAAUGUGAACCCGGACACGGCCUUCGCCGUGCAGAUGUCCAUCGAAGACUCUCUGGCCGACUCGUCUCUGGCCUGUUUCCAGGCGGCGCUGCUCUACACGUCCAGCAAAGGAAAGAGACGCAUCCGAGUCCACACGCUGUGUCUGCCGGUCGUCAGUCAGCUCAGUGACGUUUAUGCUGGAGCCGACGUCCAAGCGAUCACGUGUCUCCUGGCGAACAUGGCCAUUGACCGAUCAGUAUCAUCCAGUCUGUCCGACGCUCGUGACGCCCUGGUGAACGCCGUCGUCGACUUCGUCAGCGCCUACAAGAGCAACGUGUCGAACCUGCAGCAGUCGGGACUGGUCGUUCCUGUUGCCAUGCGGCUCUUCCCCCUGUACAUCCUCGCCCUCCUCAAACAGAAAGCACUGCGGACGGGCACCAGCACGCGGCUGGACGAGCGCGUUUACGCCAUGUGCGAGUUUAAGACGCAGCCGCUGCAGCAGCUGAUGCGACUGGUUUAUCCCGACUUGUACCGGCUGGACACCAUUUCUGACCAGGGGGCGCUGCACCUGAAUGACACCAUCGUUCCCCAGCCUCCCCUGCUGCACCUGUCGGCCGAGAGGCUGAGCAGAGACGGGGCGUUCCUCAUGGACUGUGGAAACGUGUUUUAUCUUUGGAUCGGCAAAAGCUGCAACGACAUUUUCAUCCAAGACGUUGUGGGCGUCCCCAGCUACGCGUCCAUCCCUCCCAACAUGAGUCACAUUCCUGAGCUGGAGACUCCUCUGUCGGAGAGGGUGCGCGCCUUCCUGGACUGGCUGCAGGACAACCGGGCGUUCAGCUCCACGCUUCAUGUUGUCAAAGACGACGCUUCAGCCAAGGCCACUUUGUUCGAGCACCUGGUGGAGGACCGGUCCGAAUCCGCCUCGUCCUACCACGAGUUCCUGCAGCAUGUCCAUCAGCAGAUGAAGUAGACUCCCGUCAUUGCCGAGCAACAGUUCGGUCUCCACAUUCCUGAAAAAAGAGCGAAAGAGACUUCAUACCGGCUUGUCAAAGGAACAACUGGCCAGCGGUGGUGACGACCCGUCUUCAUCGAGGUGGGUUCUUCCCCUUCCUGUCAUCCGAAACCUCCACCACGUACGAUCAUUGAUUAGCAACCUGCCCGAGGGGGGAGGAGGGGGAGUAAAUGAAGGAUCAUGGGGGAGUAAAUGAAGGAUCAUGGCAUCGUUGGAAACUCUUACCUGCGGCAGCCGCUCGCCGUCUCUCGACCGCCGCUGAACUCGUUCAGCGUCGUAAUCCGUCGUUCCCGAGAAGAGAAGUCAAGCCAAGAAGAUGCCACUUCAUCGUCCAGUUUGUUUUUUUGUAGGCCCGACAUGUAGCUUGUGCUGUUUUUGUUUCGUUUUGUUCGUUGGACUUUGUUUCCCUCAGUUUUACUCGUCUCUUGAAUACACUGGAGAGCAGGAAGAAGAAUUCGGCAUGCGCUUUGAAACGCGGAACGCAUGCGACGGUUUUGUCCGCUGCCAGUCCGGCGACGGACGACCGUCGUCUGGGAACGUGAUCCGACUGGACGUCUCGACUCUCCGUGGGCUCUCGCUUGAUCCGCUCCACCGGCCGAACUUCUGACGUGAACUCAAACUCCUUCUCGUUUUCCUUUUUCCGGGCGCUGCCUGAAGUCGCUGUCCACUUUGUAACUACUGAAAAGAAUCUUUUAUGUGCGAUAAUUUAUGAAACCAGCUUAUUAAAUAAAGACAAAAACAGAA